AUGUCGACGGGGGGAGCUUCGCUGGUGCGCCGCGCCCUCGAGGCCGUGCGCCGGACGCCGCGCUGGCAGAAGAGGCUCGUCGUCCUCACCGUAGGAGCUGGCACUUUAAGCUAUGCUUGCCAGGAUAACCGUGUUCUUCAAAUCAGUGAUGGAACGGGGGGCAAGAAAAAAGUGGUUAUACUUGGAACUGGUUGGGCAGGUGCAAGUUUCUUGAGAAAUAUCGACACUUCUUUGUAUGAUGUCCAUGUGGUAUCACCUCGCAACUAUUUUAUGUUCACUCCUCUGUUGCCGAGUGUGACAUGUGGCACGGUUGAAGCACGCAGUAUUGUGGAGCCAAUUCGCAAUAUUGUGAGAAAGAGAGGUGGUGCAUUCAGAUUCUGGGAAGCAGAGUGCUACAAGAUUGAUCCAAAAAGCAAGAAGAUCCACUGCAAAUCAGGUGAUGGAACCAAUGCUGACGCCAAUGGGGAGUUUGUUGUGGAUUAUGACUACCUUGUUGUAACUGUUGGAGCGAAACCAAAUACUUUCAACACCCCAGGAGUUGCUGAAAAUUGCCAUUUCCUGAAGGAAGUAGAAGAUGCUCAAAAGAUUAGGAAGAGUGUCAUGAAAUGUUUUGAAAGAGCUGCACUUCCUAAUCUUACUGAUGAAGAGCGGAAGAAGAACGUUCAUUUUGUUGUUAUUGGUGGUGGCCCAACAGGGGUAGAAUUUGCUGCAGAGUUGCAUGACUUUGUCAAUGAGGACUUGGCAAAGUUGUAUCCUGAUGUAAAGAAGUAUGUGAGUAUUUCAGUAAUUGAAGCUGGAGAGCAUAUCCUUACGAUGUUUGACAAAAGAAUCACCAAUUUUGCCGAGGAUAAGUUCAAGAGGACAGGCAUAGAUUUGAAGACAAAUUUUAAGGUCGUGAAGGUGUCUGAUAAGACGAUAACCAUGAGUAAUCCUUUAACUGGAGAGAUUGCUGUUCCUUACGGCCUGGCUGUUUGGUCCACUGGAAUCGGAACCCGUCCCAUAAUUAUGGAUUUCAUGAAGCAAGUUGGUCAGGCAAACAGGCGUGUGCUAGCAACUGAUGAGUGGCUUAGGGUUCUUGGAUGUGACAAUGUAUAUGCACUUGGUGACUGUGCAACUAUAAGUCAAAGAAAAGUGAUGGAAGAUGUUGAUUCAAUCUUCCGGGUAGCAGACAAGGAUAAUUCUGGCACUCUGUCUGUAAAGAACAUAAAAAAUGUUCUUGGCGACAUCUAUCAAAGGUACCCACAGGUGGAGUUGUAUCUUAAAACCAACCAAAUGAAGGGCUUCCAUGACCUACUGAAAGACAAGGAGACAGAAGAACUGAACAUUGAAGAAUUCAAGAAAGCCCUUGCUCAAGUGGACUCGCAAGUCAAGAUGCUCCCAGCAACAGCUCAGGUUGCUGCACAAGAGGGAGCUUAUCUGGCAGAUUGCUUCAAUAGGAUGAAUACUUGUGAAGAAAAUCCUGAAGGCCCUCUGAGGAUUAGGGGCGCAGGGCGUCAUCGGUUCAAACCUUUCAGGUACAGGCAUCUCGGCCAGUUUGCUCCGCUGGGUGGAGAGCAGACUGCUGCACAGCUGCCUGGUGAUUGGGUACAUGUAGGCCACAGCACUCAAUGGCUGUGGUAUUCUGUCUAUGCAAGCAAGCAAUUCAGCUGGCGCACACGGAUGCUAGUUGUGACUGAUUGGGGAAGGCGUUUCCUCUUUGGAAGGGACUCCAGCAGCCUAUAA